GGGGCGAUCCUGCCGCAGUACCGACGGGUUUCCGUUAAGGGUAGAAACCCUCGUAACGCGGUUAUAAAGAUUUUUAAUUAGCCGAAAAGGCGAACUUUCGAAAUAUGCGUGUUUCCUUGGUGAGCAAUCUCUGAACCACGAGACUCUAGUCGUUCAGAACUUACAGUGUUUAAAUCUGUCAGAAACCAUUCAAAUAUUCUUGUAAACCGUCCCGGACACGACGAUUCGCCGCCGUCGACAAUUUGUUCGUGUACAUCGUCCACGUCGUUGUCAUCCUUUACAUCGUGAACCUCGUGCGCGGAUUUAUCGUGUAAAUAGUGUUCAGCCUUUUAUAAGUUGGUUAAUCGUUAAUCCCAUUUCUAACCUCUAAAACCGUUUCUCUUUCACUCGAUCGUUCAGACUGUAUCGGAGGCUCCAGUUCUGUCUCGGUUUCUUUGUCUUCUGACUACUAUCUCUCCCUAUCUUUCUCUCCAUCUCUCUUAUUUAGUCCUUUUUGUUUAUAUGGAUAUCCUGUGAGACAAUUGUAUUAAUGAGUUCGCGCGAAAAAGCGGAACACGAAGACCCGGACGAAAACUCUUGAGGAUGUGGCGGAGACUCUUCGACGUGGCCCUUCUGCUCUUCAUUCCAGGAAUGGGAGCACUGCAAAUGACCCCACUACAGAUACCCCAACACGUCGUUUUCAAUCAGACGGUGAAGCUUGAGUGCAACUUCAACUUGGACCGCAAACUUCUCUACUCGGUAAAAUGGUACAAGGACGGAAAUGAAUUUUAUCGUUACCUACCGAGGGAUGUGCCGUCCGUUCAAGUUUUUCCAGUGGCUGGCGUGGUUGUCGACACGCGCGAAUCUACAAAUAGAUCAGUCGUCCUCAACAAUGUUGACCUCAGCAGCUCAGGAAGAUACCGUUGUGAAGUUUCCACGGAAGCCCCGGCAUUCCAGACAGUUUCAGAUCACGCUGACAUGAUGGUAGUCGUAUUGCCGGAUAAAGGACCACGAAUAACCGGUGGUCGAUCGAAAUAUCAGAUCGGCGAUAUUGUCCGUUUGAAUUGUACCUCAGCCCGCUCAAAACCUGCUGCCCUUUUGAACUGGUUCAUCAAUAGCGAACCGGCUGAUCCUCAGUAUCUGAAAGGACCUCACAUUACGGACGUGGAUGAAAAUGGCCUUGAGACUGCACAGCUGGGUCUUGAGUUUCGCGUGAAGACCAAGCAUUUCAAACGCGGCGACAUGAAGCUCAAGUGUCUCGCGACAAUAGCGACGGUUUAUCUUCAGAGCAACGAGGAAAGCGUCGAGGGCGACGAGAGACUCCUAAAGGCGCCAGUUAUGGAAAGUCGUGAGACCAGGGCGCAGAGCCACACGAGAAACGAUAUGCCAAAUGGUGGCGGAUAUUGCAUCGCAAGGACAAGCUCAGCGUCCAUUUUGAUACUGGUUAUGUUAUUUGUCACGCGAUAAUAAUUACUUUUUAACACGUUUUUUUCUCAUUUUUAAUAUAUUUUUUUUUUCUUUACUUUCA